AUGACUACUACUCGCGCCUCCUCAAUCGCCGCUGCCGCCUCUGCCAGCCCCACGCUUGCGACCACGCCUACCACCCACGAUGUCAACGACGACAUGGAAGAGGGUGCACCUACCCCGAUCGCGGACGAUGUGCCCACGCACGACGCCAACGACACCUUGACGCCGGGCACAGCUCCGACCACGACGCUCGGCGACGACGACGUGACGGGCGCGGCCGCGCACCUCGACGCCAUCGCCCGCUACCUCGAGCAACGCCCCGUCGGCUUUGGCGAUCAGCUCGCACGGCUUGCCCACGACGAUCCGUCAACCUUCAACAGCUUCUGCCAGCAGCGCACGGUCCAGCGCUGGCUGCGGGCAACGUUUGGGGACACACACCCGUUCGAGGUCAUCUACAAGAACGUGUUUGGUAAGGUGUUCACCAACGCGCACCUCUCGGAUUUCAUGAGCAAGGCCAAGCAAGCGGCGGCACUCCCACCGCUUCCGAUCACCACGGACAACCCCAACCCCACGACCCCAUUGGAACGGACGGCCGCAGAGGAGCUCCUCUCGCUCGCGGAGGUCCUCUUGGCGGUGCACGCACCCCUUAUCUACGGCAGCGAUGCCGCCAUCACAUGUCUGGCCGAGGCGCCCGUCACGUCCAUUGCCAUGCACCAAGGCACGCGCGCGCUCUCGUCGGCGACACUCGGGGCACUUCUCUUCACGGAGAACAUCGACGCCACGGAGCUCUACGAACACAUCUGGUUCGAGAUGGAGCGCCUGCUUGAGGCCGCUGGCAACUACACCCGCGUGGACGAGAUGGGGGCUUUCGUGACGGCCAUGGCGGAUGACACCUACCCGCUCUCGCUGCACCGCCAGGUCUUGAUCGCGGAAGGCCACGACAUGCCGACCGAGGGUGACCUCGACGACCUCUGGGUCGAAGCACCGUCGUGCUAA